AUGCUCGAACGAACAGCUGCGACUCUAGAGUCGUGCAGCCUCCAGCGUGUGAUCAACAGGACCUCGAAACAAACUCGGAACUUGCGCACAGGUUUCUGGCAACAUGGGGCCGCCGCUAUUGAUAUUUCCAGUGCAUUGCCUGGCCCAACAAGAACUGGUGAAGUCGAAACUUCCGAAUUGGAGACGAAGCAACUACAAUCGACCUUGAUGGCUUCAGUCUUGAUGCUCGAUUUUCUCUACCCAACAUCUACUGUCCCUCUAUUACGGCGCCUAUAUCCCGAACUUCCCAAUCCACAACAGGCACAACGGACUGCGAUCGUUCCAAGAAGGCGGGCAUACUCGUCCAUAACAUCUCCGAACUCGACCGAGACGACGACUUCCGACCAGCCUGACCAUUUGAGCAACAGCCCGCAUCCUGAAGAGACGGACAUAGCGGGGGACGCGGGGCCACUUACAGGAGCUUCAAGCCGUGGCAGAGACCAACCAGAACUUGAAGAACUUCAGCAUCUUGUGUCAGCAAAAGGACGCCAAUUUCAGCAAGCUUGGGAUUUAUACUCGGUGAUAGAUAAUGACCAAAGGGUUAGAAUACGUGGCCAGCUGGUCCAGUAUCUUUCUCGCUCCCACAACAUUGUUGAGACAGGACGAGCCCUCUCAGUCUUUCGACAAAUUCCCAUGGAACAAUGGACCAAUGAGGUUCUGUCCGCAGGAAUCAUCCUACUUCUGCGUUCUGGAGAUCUACCAUCGGCUGUGAAGUGCUUCAAGAACGGAGCAGAGAAGCGGGGGUUCGACCAAGGCCUAGAAUACCUGAUGGCGGAUACCAUAAAUUCGAGAAAGUGGGCUGAAGCGUUGGACGUAUGGACAACGUACUAUACGCACAGGAUGCUGAGACGACAAAAUAAGAAAUCAGACGUGAGUAUAGACCGACUUCUGGCGCUCGGGAGUAUUCCUCGACAGGGAGAUCUCUACUACGCUUUCAGGGCGUACCUGGUUGGUGAAGGUGCAAACCAACACAAGAAAAUCAAGCAAGAUGUAAUUGCUAGCAAAGGCUUGUCCGCAUUUCGGAAAUUCUUUGCCACCAUGGCAUUAACUGAGCCGUGUCCUCCAGCUCAAGCGACCGUUAUUCUCGAAAAUCUACGCGAUACCUCUCUGUACAACACAUAUAUCGAAGCCAUGCUUGAUCGUUGGUAUGCCAAACAAGAGAGCCGGUCUACUAUGGAGCAACUUGUUCCUAUUUACCAGAAGUUCCGGGAAUUGCCAGACGCAGCACCUGCAAUGGCCGUUUACCGCGGCAUGUUCAAGAUUAACUUCCCGAAAAACAAUGCGAGGUUGGAAGAGCUGCAUGGAGACUGGAUUCGAUUCAAAGGGGGGCUCAACCAAUGGGGCUAUGAAAAGUUUCUCAAGUAUUAUUCGUGGAGAGGUGAUGUACCGGCAGUAAAGAAGCUAUGGACUCAGUACGUGGAAGAAUUCCCCGAAGUGCUUCAAUCACCUCGUGCGUUCAGAAGCACAAUGAAUGUCUAUGCUCAACUUGGAGACGUCGAAAAGACAAGGCAAGAGCUGGACAAGAUGGUCAAUGAAUACAAUAUCCCGGCAGAUAUCGACAGUUGGAACUCAGUAAUGAAAGCUUACAUGAGGACUAAUGACUACGCUGGUGUAUUGGAUGUAUUUGAUGAAAUCUCAAGUCAACAUCAGCCCGACUCAUUUACCUAUGCCCACGCUAUGGCGAUGAGCGCCAAGAAGGGCGAUCUGGAGACAACCUUGGAAUUCUUCAAUAAAUCUCAAGAGGCCAACGUUGAACUUACAAAAGAAAUGGGACUGGCCCUGGUUGUUGCAUACUGUCAGAACAGCCUCCUGUCCGAAGCGGAGAGCUUGUGUAUUGAAAUGACACAUCGCAAGCUUACCUCUGAAGCCCUUUGGAAUCAGCUCAUCAAUUUUAACGGUGUUGAAGGAAGGAUAGACAAGGUCUAUGAGUUACUUCGACGAAUGAGAGAAACGGGUGUGGAAUGGGAUGACGAAACUUAUGGGUUCCUUCUCCAGGCGCUCGUUAAGGUCAACCAAAUCCCCCCUGCAUAUACGCUGCUCAAGCGCGGCCUUCAAGAACGCUUGUUUCUUAUUACACCGGAGCACUUUGCUAUUGUUAUGGCUGGAGCCGCGAGAGUUGGAGAGUAUCAACUUGUCGAGAGUCUGUAUCUCCGGCUGCAAAAGUCAGAGUUACCCGUGACAUUCGGUGCUUUGGUCGCACUUGUCAUGUCUGCUGCUAAAAGAACGCCUGGCACAGAGGGCACCAAGAAUCUCGGAAAGGAACUGGUUGAGUAUUUCCGACAAGCUGCUGAGGCAACUCAGACGGCUGACAGAUCUGUACUUGGCGAGAAGCCCAACGCAACCGACGCCAGCAACCUCAAUGACCUCAAAGCAGAGACCGCUCAGGUUGGUCGAGCUAUUUCUCUCCUUGUUGAGCUUCGAGAAUUUGGUUCGGUUGAGGAAUUGAUGAGCUUGUUUGUUCAAGUCUUCCCUCAGUAUCAGUCUAGCAAGCGAUUCCCCCCCGAUGUCGUGUCAGCUCUGAUGUACGCACAGUUCAGGGACGAGGCCUAUGACAAAGUUAUAGAUUUGUGGGACAAGACGUGGGAAAGUGUUUAUGCCGACAGCCGAAAACGCUCUGGUGAUGGUAUCUUGCCAGGCACUGAGUACGAUUUGUCUCGCAUCGUGGACGUGGUGGCACGAACUUAUAGAGAGCAGGAGGAUGCGGAUGGCCUCAGCCGGACUGUUGAUAAGGUUGUGCAAGCCGGAUUCAAGCUCACCCGCCAAAAUUGGGCGCGUAUUGUCCGUGACCUUUCUGACAUGGGCAAAUGGGAGCGCGCAAUGUACUGGUGUGAGACCCUUCUUAUGCCAAACUGGCAGGGUUGGAACGAGCGAGCAGUCCCGCGCUUGAUGCGAAACACCCAUUUGCUGAAGCCCCCCAAGUACCUUAUCUUCCGUUUGCUGCAGAAGUGGCUGGAGAUGCGUAAGAUGGCGGCUUGGUCUGGAGACGUUUCUCGAGUGCUUUCCACUGUCGAGGAGAAGUAUCCUCGUUUAUAUCACGCUUUCAUCACGUCCGAGGUUGAGGAGAUGCCUACGGCAUAUGUGAUCAACGGAAAAGAAGUGUCAGCUUCCGAUCUUGAUAAGGUUCUGCAGACUCUGUCUUACCAUUCGCUGAUGAAGGUCAAGGAGGCAAUGCUCCGGGACCUGCGAAAGGAAAAGAAGCGCGAGACAAGCCUUGGAAUCACACCCGACCCUGAAGGCGUCGUUAGCACAGAUCAGUGGAAGAAGAUGCUGCAUGACAAGGUUCGAAGCUACGCCUUCAAGUGGUACUCCAGACGAAAAGACAACUUUUUGGAGAAGGGGAAGCUUCCUUCAGAAGCCAGCAUGCAGGGCGACGUCCAGAUCGAAGUCAAGGCUAUGGGAAGCGAAAACCCCGACGACCACGAGGCGCGCAAAAGAUUCGCCUACUGGAACAAAUUCUGGGAUCGCUAUGACCAGAGAGAUCAUGGGAUGAGGACACCAGGGAGUGUGUCAAAGAAUCAACGCCACGGAGCCCUUGCGGGGCAACGCAAGUCGCGUGUGCGUUUGGAACGCCAGAAGCAGCCGCUUGAUAAGUAA